UUUAGAUACCUGUAUUGUUUUUAUAACUUUAAAUAAGGUAGUGAGUCUUCCAUUAAAUCCACAAGUUUGUCACGCAUCAGUUGUUGUGUAAGUGCAGUAAGGAGAAAUUAUUUUAUGGAACAUACUAAAUUAUAAAUUAAUGGUAGACCAUGACAACAGAGAAGGAUAAUCAGGUCCCGUCCAUAGAAUUCAGUUCUAGGAUAAAUUUACCAAAUAAUGAUCAACUUUGUACAGUCGACAUCGAAAAGAAAGAAUAUUUUCCUCAUGAACAUAGAGAAAUUUUACACCCAAAUACAUAUUUUGGAGCGGUUGUACAUAUAAUAAAAGGCUCAUUAGGAAUAGGAAUCUUCUCAGUACCUAGAGCUUUUAAAACAGCUGGGUUACUAGUUGGAACCAUAGGAACUAUAUUUGUAGGCAUCUUAUGUACAUACAAUGUGCACUUAUUGGUUCGUGCUUCCCACAAAAUAUGCAUCAGGACCAGGACUCCAAGCUUGGGAUUUUCAGAAACAGUAGAGGCCAUUUUCCAUACUGGACCGAGUUGGAUUCGACCAUGGGCAUUCUGUGCGAAGGUUUUUAUUGAAAUUGCACUUGGUCUAACCUAUUACCUAUCAGCUGCAGUAUACGUUGUUCUUAUAUCAGAAUCCUUAGCAAAACUCAUAGCACCGUAUUAUCCACCGGCGGCAGACUGGGGGUUGUAUUUUAAGUUAAUAGCUCUAGCGAUAUUGCUCUGCUUGUGUCAAAUACGAGAACUGAAGCAUCUAGUCCCAUUAUCAUUAACUGCUAAUAUAACUAUUGUUAUAGCUUUUGGAAUUACUUUGUAUUACAUUGCUCUUACAAUUCAGAAGGUAGAUAUAAAAGAAAGACAUCUAUACACAGACGUAGCAAGUCUUCCGACAUUUAUAAGUACUGUUCUUUUCUCUAUUGAAGGAAUUGGUACGAUUAUGCCUGUAGAAAAUUCAAUGGUGACUCAUACGUUUGUGGGACCUGUGGGAGUAUUGAACGUAGCAAUGUUUUCUGUACUCUCUGUAUACACUGCGAUGGGCUUCUUUGGUUAUUUUGCUUUUGGUGAGGAAACAGAAGCUGCAAUUACACAAAAUUUACCUAAUGAUAAAGUGCCAGCACAAAUAGUUCAAGCUUGCAUCACCUUGACAAUGAUACUAAGCUUCUGCCUCGUCUACUACGUACCAACUGAAAUUACGUGGAAGAAAAUUGAACCUCGCAUUUCACAGAAAAGGCAGAACAUAUACAACGUAAUAAUGAGAAUAGUAACCGUCACUCUCAUCAUUAGUAUCGCCGCCGCUGCUGGGAGCAAAAUGAAUAUCUUAAUCGAUCUAACGGGCGCCAUAUUCUUUUCGAUUUUAGGAAUUUUCGUGCCUGCUGUUGUAGAUACCAUGAUUAAUUGGAAUGACUGGGGUACUCUUAACUGGAUUAUGUGGAAAAAUUUGUUAUUAUUUGUAGCCUUUUUGGUUUCAAUUAUUUCCGGGACUUACAGCGCUAUACACAAUAUUUUAGCUAAAACAUAAUAAAAUGAGACUUAA